GCAGCUAGCCGUCAAACAAUGUUCGCCAGGAUGCAAACGACACUCUAGGAUACGAACAGGUCCUUGCACAAUUUUUUUUCUAUCGGUAAACAAAGUUCUUUCCGGGAGGUAUUCGACGCGGAAGGACUCGGCCGCUAGUAUGAGCUUCACGUUUCGCAACAGUGUCCUGCUGCACUACAUCGUCCUAUGCACUACGCUUAUGCACGGUCCCGUUCCAACGGUUGGUGCAAAGGGACCCCAUCACCCGGGCGGUGACUUUAGCCACAAGGCUGAAAAACAUCACCUGGACGACCAUUUGCAACCGGAGCGGGAACAUCUCGAAGAUGACUUGAAACGUUUACCCAUCGGCGAGCAAAGUCUGACGGAAAUGUCGGAGGACGAGAAAAACUUUUACUACUUCAAGCUGCACGAUUCGGACAACAAUGAUAAUCUGGAUGGGCUGGAAAUGUUACACGCAGCUACCCAUCACCAUAGCAAACCUGAGGGACAGCUGCACGGUAUCGAACGCGGUUCGAAGGACACGGCAGACGAUCGGGGACCGUUUCUGGAGGAUGAAGAAUUUAAUCAUAUCAUUGAGGUUAUCGAUGAUUUCAUCGAGUUUGCCGAUACGGAUAAAAAUGGACUGUUAAACUAUCCCGAGUACAUCAACGCAAUCAAUCUAAACGAUCCCAACGGCACACCGACAACGGCGGCUACCCCGAAUGAAACACACCCGCAUCAGCACACAACAAGUGCGGACAUUCCUACCGAAGUGUCGAAUAAGAACGAAAGUGAUGCUUAAUAAAAUCUAAGGCCAAACUA